AUGAGAUCUUCUUGUGUCUUCAUCAUCGUAUAUGUUACUUGGGCGGUGGGGCGUGACUCUGUGCUCGCGGCAGCAGACAGCCAACAAUUGAGAUGUGGUCGGCGUCUGGUGUCCGGGCUGUUCUCCAGACACCGCUUGCCGUUGGGGUACUCUUACGUGACGACCGUCCCACGUGGCGCCUGCCGGCUCAACGUCACCGAGAUAAUGCCGAGCGACAAUUAUAUCGCAAUAAAAGUAACAAACGGGACAUAUUUUAUAAAUGGAGAGUUCGCUAUCACUGCACCUGGUUCAUAUGACGCAGUUGGGGCACGGUUCGUGUAUUCUCGAGUACUUGGACUUGAUUCGAUUUUUGCACACGGACCGAUCCAUUUUCCCAUAGACAUCAUGAUUUUGUACACGGAACCAAACCCUAAUAUAAAGUACGAAUACUUCACGGAGUCUGUACCGGGCGAUAUCGAAAUUGAUUCUAUUACUAAAUCUAGCUAUCCCGAUGUUCAAAAUACGGCGACAACAAAGCACUCGCGAAGACAUCAGGGUUACGAUACUUACACAAAGUUCGGUUCUGACAAGCGUCCGGACAUAGUCAGUUUGUCUAAAGAGACUUCUAUUCUUGAAAACAAUUUGGUGGAAAAUGUUGUUGGAGAAAGAAGAUUUACUUGGAAGAUAACAUCAUACACUCAAUGCUCAAGAAGUUGCGGUGGUGGUAUUCAGGUUGGAAAAUAUCGAUGCGUAGAAGAAAGCGCAGACAGCGUUGAUAGAGAGAUAUCGCCAGUGCACUGUACGGGAUCUGCUCCUUCAGGGAAGCGGCGGCGCUGUGGAAACAAUUCGUGUCCUCCAAGAUGGAGGACUGCCGCUUGGUCGCCUUGUCCUCAGUGUGGGCCAGCAACACGGAAAAGAAUUGUUGGUUGCGUUCAAGACCAUUCGAAAGGGAUAGUAAAGGUCAGUGACCAAAUGUGCCCCCCGCCGAAACCGUUUACGACCGAAAAGUGCGAUGUGCCAGACUGUUCAGAUUACGGAACUGGAGUGGUUCGACAAAUUGAAGCGAAACGUGUGACCCGACCACGUGACCACACGGACGCGUUCCGAGAAGGUCCCGUCUACACAAUUACAGUCAAUAGCUCCGACAUCGAUGUCGGACCGGAGUACAGUUUUAGUGCGACCGCCGGGUGGCUCUACACUGAUUGGUCUGAGUGUGUUGGUUGGUGUGUUGGCGGUGGUGUCCAAACUCGAAGUAUCAGAUGCGGCGACCCAUCGGGGUGCUCACCGCUAAAGUUACCAGAGCCAUCGAGAAAUUGUAGUCCGAGACAAUCUUGCGAAGCUUAUCAAGGACAAUGGUUUACAGGGGAAUGGUCGCCUUGCUCCUCUGCAUGCGGUGGGAAACAGAUUCGUGGUGUUCUUUGUAUCGGUGGCAGUGGCAGACAUCUACGAGAUUCCGCGUGCACGGACCCGAAACCUGAACACGAACGGAGUUGUGGAGACGACUGUACACCUGCUUGGUACUACAGCGAAUGGAGCCAGUGCGCAGGGAACUGCACGUUUGGGACAGGGGUGCAGCGACGCACGGUGGUUUGUGCAAAGGGUUCGCAUGGCGCCAACGACGAGGAAUGUGGCCAUGCGCGGCCACCUUCUCAUCGCUCCUGCGAACCCAAGUGCAUGCCUCAUUCGACGGACGCUCCCAAGCUCUUUAUCGGUCCUGAAAAAAUAGAGAGCUCAAGUGUUAGCGCUGGUAGGAGCAUAAUAAAGGAUACGAUAACAAAAAAAUGUGAAGAUAAAUUGACCAACUGCGCGCUGGCAGUACAGGCCAGGCUAUGUCACUACAACUACUAUAUUCAGAAUUGCUGUAAAUCAUGCGCAUUG